AUACUUAUCUGGGAAAACACUAAGCAGGCCUUCGUUCCUCCGAUCCGAUCCCCUCAACAAAUUAAAAUGCUUGGCUUGAGAUCAAAAUACCUAGUAAUUCUCAUACCAUUCCUCAUAUGUAUACUUGUCGUUUCGUCCCUCGUAUGCAUACUUGUUAUCCAUUUCUUGAGGCAUCCCACUACCACCCACUGCAACCCUUCUUCCUGCGGGAGCAUCCACAAUAUUGCCUUCCCUUUUCGACUAAUUACUGAUCCACAACAUUGUGGCAAUCCCGAUUUCCAAUUAACCUGUGAACAAAAUCGAACAGUGUUAGCUUUACAGUCCAGGAAAUACUAUGUUCAAUCCAUCAAUUACGACAACUACACUGUCCGUGUGGUUGAUCCUGGUGUACAACAAAACAACAUCUGCUCCUUUCCACGAUAUGCUUUAGCUCAGUACAAUUUUUUUAGAUACGAUGACAGUUAUCCAUAUGACAUCGCCACACCUGACAAGAAGACACCAAAUGGCCUGCAAUACCCAACUCUAAUUACUGUACCAAUUAUUUUCUUGAGGUGUCCGUUCCCAAUGAAGUCUUCUGCUUUUGUACAAACAAAUGAAGACUGUUGGAAUGAAAGCAGUGAUUCUUAUGGGGGCCACACUUAUGCUAAGGUAGGCCCUCUAUAUGCAGCGGAUUUAAAAAUUUCAUGCCGGGUUGAGCUCAUAACAAUGACAUCCUGGCGAAUUCAAGAAAAUGUGUCAUCUCAGAAAGUUAGUCUUUUGGAAAUCCAUGAUGCUUUGAUGUAUGGAUUUGAGCUAUCCUGGUUCCAGGUUCUUUGUAAUCAGCAUUGCUGGAGUGGAGGGUGUUACCUUCAUGACGCAUCAAAUGAGAUUCACUGCUUCAACCUCUUGCGUAUAUUAGGGAGGAAAAGAAUGGAUUUACUUCUGAGUGACGCCAUAUAUGCGGCUAUAAUAAUCUCCGGAACAAGGAUUAUUGGAUUUCCAUGCGCCAUUGUAUUUCUAAUUAUCAGAUUCCGCAGAAGGCAUCUAUCAGUUUUCGAAGAAAUCGAAAAUUUCCUCAGCGCCGAAAACAAUCUGUUGCCCAUCAGAUACUCCUUCAAACACAUCAAGAAUAUGACCAAAGCCUUCAAGGAGAAGCUGGGAGAAGGGGGCUUCGGUUCUGUUUACAAAGGCAAACUUCGAAGUGGCCGCGAUGUUGCAGUGAAGAUAAUAAGCAAGCCCAAGUCUAACGGCCAAGAUUUCAUCAAUGAAGUUGCUUCCAUGGGAAGGAUUCAUCAUGUCAACAUUGUUCGACUUGUUGGAUAUUGCACACAGAAUUCCAAGCGUGCUCUUGUCUACGACUUUAUGUCUAAUGGAUCCCUAGACAAAUACAUUAAUCAAGGAGCUAGUGCAAGUUUGUUAAAUUGGCAAAGGAAGUUUGAAAUUGCAGUGGGAGUAGCUCGUGGGAUUGAUUACUUGCAUCGAGGUUGUAACAUCCAAAUUCUACAUUUUGACAUCAAACCGCACAAUAUACUUCUAGACGAGAAUUUCAUUCCAAAAAUCUCUGAUUUUGGUCUCGCGAAACUAUUUCCUACUGAUAAAAGCAUUGUAACGCUUACUGCAGCCCGUGGAACAAUUGGGUAUGUGGCCCCGGAGUUGAUCAACAAAAGCAUUGGGGCCAUUUCACACAAGGCCGAUGUUUAUAGCUUCGGAAUGCUAUUGAUGGAAAUGUUAGGCCUAAAGAAAAUACCAGUUAUCGGGCAAGAUGAGUCGAGUCAAUACUUUCCAUCUUGGAUUUACAAUGAUAUCAACAAGGGCAAGGCAAUUGAGAUGGGAGAAUUAGAUGAGGACGAGAAGAGAAUUACAAAGAAGAUGACCAUAGUUGGGCUUUGGUGCAUCCAAACCAGUCCAAUUCCGAGGCCUUCAAUGAGUAGGGUGGUUGAAAUGCUUGAAGGAGACGUUGAGCUGCUGCAAAUGCCAACUGAUACUUUCCUUUCGGAGCCAAUUAUGGAAGUAGAUCAAGAACAUAGUUCCAUGCCAGAAUCAUCUGAAUCCAUAGCAUUUUUGCCCAAUUCCAACCGUAUUGGUAUAAUUGUGGAUUAAAGGGUAUGUAAUCACUUUAGCGCGGUGUGCAAUUAGAUGGUCCCAUAAUUAUCACUU